AGGACAAGUGAGUUGGAGUUGGGGUGGGGGGGGGGGGGGGGAGGUGACGCUCAGAGGACUUGCAUCAGGGAGAAGGAGCGAUGGUAGGGGCUGCUGCCCAAUGGCCCACUGUGUCGGCGACGAGAGACGAGAACGGUUCAUCAUCUGGGAAGGGGGGGGGAAGUAAAUGGGAUCCGCACCACAAGAGGAAAAGGGGCAGCGGGGAUGUUGCGUGGCAACCAGCUGAGCAGUAUGCAGAAGAGACCCCUGAUUUCAGAGUGCUCGCAGAGAAGUACCCUUCCUUUAGGGAGUAUGUGAGAUAUAGGGGUGGUCCUAAAGGCAGCGGCUGGGCGAGUAUUGAUUGGACUGAUUACAAUGCUACCCGGGAAUUGACACGUGUCCUGCUUCAUCAUGAACACGGAGUUAAUUGGUCGCUGCCACCAGAGCACUUAUGUCCCGCUGUGACAAACCGUGCUAAUUACAUCCGAUGGAUCGCCGAUCUGACAGCGAUGACAAUGAGGAUGAUCGAUGGCGCUUGGGAUCGCGAUCGCGAUGGCGAUGGCGAUGGCGAUGGUAGCACAAUGGAAGAGGACGAUGGGCGGUCAUCGCUUGAUGGAGGUGGUGGCGGCUAUGGUGGCGUGAGAGGGCUGGAUAUUGGCACUGGAGCGAACUGCAUCUAUCCCUUGCUGGGGGCAAGUAUUCAUGGCUGGCAUUUCGUCGGGACAGACACGUCAGAGAGAGCUUUGGAAGCAGCUCGGGCAAACGUGGCAGCUAAUCCACACCUGAACGCUCUAAUCGAAGUGCGAAAAGCCGAUGCAGGCGUACCGGCGUGUAGGGCAACAAAAAUGAGGAGUAGCCGCAAGGGAGGGGAGGAGGAUCAAGAUCAGAGAGAGCGGGAAGGAGAGUGGGGCGGCCCGUGUCCGUGGCCGGGGAGCGUGGUUUGUUCAUCGGGAAGAGGAGGACCCAAUGUUGGCGAUGGCGAUGGUGAUGGGACUGGCAUUCUUACUGCAACUCACGAUCUGCCAUCGGAAGGAGAGAAAGGAGAAGGGGAAAGAGACGAUGCGCUGAAGAAGGUAUCGCGUAAAGGUGAAGACGAUGCAGGUGGGUUGAUGACGCUGUCAUCUGCUCCUGUGAGAAUGGAACUCUCCGAGUUGAAGGAGAGAGAAGACGAUGAGAGAGGAGGAAAGGAGAGAGGAGAAGAGGAGACAGAGGGAGAGGCGAUCGAUCAGAUAGGUCGAGAGAGAGAACGAGAUGGUUGUGAUUCUGGAGCCACCGCCGACGAUGGUGUCGAUUGUGGAAGGAGGUAUGGCAGCAAUGGUGGUGAUGGCGUUGAUGGUGGAGAUGAUGGGGAUGAUGGCGGCGUCGACGAGGGCAGUGGUGGAAUUGAACCUCCAAGAAGAAUGGCAGUGGUGGAAUUGAACCCCCAAGAAGAAUGGCGAUGGCAGCUACGGAAGACUAUGAAUUGUGUUCAUCCUUCUCCAUCGAAUGAAAAUGGGCGGGACGCUUCAUCGUCUUUUUACACUUCUCGGGAAAGCCAGCACUCACUAAUCACUCACUAUGAUGAUGGCGCCGAAGAUUAUCAACGAGUUCAAGGGAAGAAGAAGAUGAAGUACCAUGCAUCGGAAACGAUGGCGGCUGCAUCUAGAGGAGUAAAUGGAGGAGGAGGGGGAGGAGCAAGAGUAAAUGGAGGAGGAGGAGGAGGGGGAGGAGCAGGAGGUGAAGGAGAAGGUAAGCAAGUAGGUAAUAAGAAGUUUGCUCGAUCGGGUCAUGGCGAUGGUGGCCAAGUCAUCCCGGCCAGCGAUGGCAAUGGCGAUGAGGGAGAAGAACGAUAUGGAGCUGAAGGUGGAGACGAAGGUCGAGAAGGGCAUGGCGAUGGAGGGCAAAAUCAACUGAGAGGAGGAGAUGACAAUGUGGAGGGGGAUGUAGAAGAGAGAGUGGAGUGUGGAAGGUGCAAGGUCGGGGUGUGCGGCAUGAAAUUAGGUCAUAUUUUCUUGGGAGUCGUAGGAGAAGAUGAGUGCUUCGACUUUUGCUUGUGUAAUCCUCCCUUCUUUGAGUCCAUUGAGCUCGCCAAGGCCAAUCCGAAGACGGCAUGUGGUGGGACCUUUGAGGAGAUGGUCUGCGAAGGCGGGGAGUACGCAUUCAUAAGAGGAAUGAUUGGAGAGAGCUUGAUCUUGAGGAGGCAAAUUCGAUGGUACACAGUUAUGGUUGGCAGGAAAACGGAUCUGAAAUCGCUGAUUGCUCUUCUGCGGAACCUGAAGGUGCCACAGUUGAGGACAACGGAAUUUCGACAAGGACGAACGAUGAGGUGGGGGCUUGCGUGGUCUUUCUUGGAAUUGCCGAGAGCGAAUCAUGUGCACCAACCACUAUGGAUCAGGGAGCGAAUAGUACGACAGCAACAACGACAACAACAACCAUUCUUGUCCUCGUCUUCAGCAAAGAAGGACGCGACAAAACGUACAAACUGGUUGCAGCAGCAGCAGCAGCAGCAGCGGAGGGUACCGAAGAUCUCUUUUGCACUAGAGGGACUUGGACAGAAAGUGACUGCAUUCACUGUACUUCAACUGCUAACAACUGAGCUUAGGAAGCGAGGAGCGCUUUGCAAAAUGGAUGUGCACUCGUUUCAGAUCACCGGUUCAAUUCCUGGACAAAGCAGCAGUAGUGACAUACGAGCAGAGAUUGGGCCUCAGUUGCCCCAGCAAGGCAGCAAGUCACAGGUUGUGGUUCGUGGAACGAACAGAAGUAAUGUCGACACACGAGCAGAGUUUGGACCUCGGUUGUCCCAGCAAGACAGCAGCUUUGACAAGUCGCAGGUUGUGUGUUUGAAUCCCACAUCGACCAGAAGUGAUGUCGACAUACGAGCAGAGAUUGGACCUCAGUUGCCCCAGCAAGACAGCGAGUCACAGGUUGUCGUUUGUGGGACGAACAGAAGUAAUGUCGGCGUACGAGGAGAGAUUGGACCUCAGUUGCCCAAGCAAGACAGCAGCUUUGACAAGUCACAGGUUGUGUGUUUGAUUCCCACAUCGACCAGAAGUAAUGUCGACAUACAAGCAGAGAUUGGACCUCAGUUGCCUCAGCAAGACAGCGAGUCACAGGUUGUGGUUUGUGGGACAAACAGAAGUAAUGUCGACGUACGAGGAGAGAUUGGACCUCAGUUGCCCAAGAAAGACAGCAGCUUUGACAAGUCGCAGGUUGUGUGUUUGAUUCCCACAUCGAGCAGAAGUAAUGUCGACAUACGAGCAGAGAUUGGACCUCAGUUGCCCCAGCAAGACAGCGAGUCACAGGUUGUGGUUAGUGGAUCUAACAGAAGUAAUGACGACAGACGAGCAGAGAUUGGACCUCAGUUGCCCCAGCAAGACAGCAGCUUUGACAAACUGCAGGUUGUGUGUACGAUUUCCACACUGACCAGAAGUAAUGAUGACAAACGAGAAGAGAUUGGACCUCAGUUGCCCCAGCAAGUCGGCAGCUUUGACAAGUUGGAGGUUGCGGAUUCGAUGCUUGGUUCGAACAGAAGGAAUGACAGACAAGAAGAGAUUGGACCACGGUUGCCUCAGCAAGGCAGCAGCUUUCACGAGUCAGAGAUUGUUGCUGCUACCGCCCCUACCAUCCCCAUCCCCGUACAAGCAUCAGCUUUUUCUUCAGCUGUUGCUUCUCAACAAAGGGAAGAAGAAUUGAGGGAAUCUAAUGGUGGUGGUGGCAGCUGCCGGGCGGGUUUGUCCUUUUUUGUAAAAAUAAUGGAGCAGAGCAAAGGGGCUGUGCUUAUCUCUGCUUGUCUUGCCAAGGGCUCGGUUUGCACCGACGAGAUUGAAUUAGGGUUUCACUACCUUUUUGGGGAAAUGGAAGAUACGUUGAGAACGCAGGUCCUGUUGCAAAGGAGAUGAAAUAGAAAUUCAAGGAUUUGAGGGGUUUUGAUGACCAUGAGGGGAGCUUCUCAGCUGUGAGGGCUGUUGUGUACAUCCAUCAGCCAAAAGUUGUUUGCAUUGCGAUUCUACACAGCAGAAUUUCGAUAAAAUUUCCCCAUAAUUUUCCGAUUUUAAAAUGUUUUUGAUUUUGCACUAGGGCUACCUGGAUGUACCAGUGGGGUUGGGCGUGUGCCAGCAGAAUUUCGAUAAAAUUUCCCCAUAAUU